AUGAAUGAAGCGAAUGGUAGUAUAAAAGUGUUAAUAUGUACAAAUGCAGCAGGGAUGGGAGUGAAUUUUCAAAACUUAAAUAACAUUGUUCAUUAUGGUCCACCCAGAGACCUUGACAAUUUGGUGCAGCAGAUGGGCCGUGCCGGCAGGGAUGGAUCCCCAUCAAAUGAACUGAUUAUCUACAAGGCAAAUCAAUUACAAAAGGUGGAUGAUGAUGUGAUUAAGCUUCUUAAAAGUACUAGUACCUGUAGGCGAAAAAUUCUAAAUGAAGCUCACAUUAAGAAACACACAAGAGAUUGUGAUCACCUCUGUUGUGACAUCUGUGAAUUAAUGUGCAAAUGUCAAAGUGAUGGUUGCCCGUCAAAGCAUUCUGCAAAGGAAACAUUUUUGAAUUUGAGAGAUGAAGAUAAUGAACUAGACAUGAGAAGAGAAAUAGGAGAAGAGAGAGCCAUUGUUCAACAAAGACUUCAGUCAUUGAAGGACAACAUAUUUGAAGGAACCAAAUCUUUCAUUCACAGUGACAUUGUUUGUGGGUUUUCUGUUCAAGAAAUCAUAGCAAAGUUACUUUUUUUAUUUACUGUAAAUGAUAUACUAGAUAAAACAAGUGUUGAUUCUUUCUCAUUAGCCAGCAAGAUAAUCCAAAUAAUUACAGAAAUAUUCAAUGACAAUGAAAUGUAUGCUUUAGAGGAGAUUGACUCUGAUUAA